AUGUCAGACAUUUAUCUUUGGGAUCCGUUCACAUCAUUCAUCAAAAUUAAUACAACACUAGUAUUAAAGGGAAUAUUCCGGCAAUUGUUUGAUAUAAUUGCUAAGCGCUUAAGCGUUCAAAAUUACACAUUUCAAACACCGACAGAUACGGCAAACUUUGGCACAAAACUGGACAACGGAUCGUGGGAUGGAUUGCUUGGAUUAGUUGCCAAUAAUAAUUGCCACAUAUCCAUAACACCCCUGGAAAUAACAGAUGAACGCCGGAAAAGUAUGAUAUUCUCGUCGGUAGUGAUGUACGAGCCGUACGUUAUACUGACCAACACUGACCGCAAUGGCCGACCGCAGGUCACCGGCUAUAUCGGUGUAUUUCUCACAACUCCUUCCCUCCCAUUAGCCCAUACGGGCGCCCAUUUGAAGGGCGUUUUAUGUAUAGUUUUGGUUUGCGUAACACUAUUGACAAUAUGUUUCAAUUCGUUCAUUGACUCCAAACUGGUUGUUGUCGACGAUUACUAUGCGAUCAAUACAUUGGAUCAGUUGGCCAGCAAUGGACACGUCAUUCCCAGCUAUUAUUUUGGGACUCCCAUAGAAGAGUAUCUGAGGUCACCAAAACAGGAAUUUAAAAGACAUGAUUUAUACGUUAUGUACGCUAUUAUCGCUCAAAUUAAACCCAACAUCUCGUCCAUCAAUAUGAAGGGCCGGACAGUGGGGUUAAGGGAUCUCUUAGAUAAGAUACUAUACCAAAGAGGAAAGGGAGAGCUCGUAAAGGGCACCCAAACCAUGUUGUCGUGUACUAACCUAUUGAACAAUAUCUGCAAAACAAGACAUAAGGCUCGUGGUUUCAGCUUUGGAUCAGUUCUUUGCGAGCCGUUGGGAAUGGCUUAUGAAUUAAAUGCUUAUUGUGUGAAGAAUGUGUUAGAGAUGUUUCAAGGAUUUAAGCCCUCAUCUGAUUUAUAUCAAUGUGUAUCUGAUUUCGUGGAGUGA